UCAUCCUGGAGCGACUUCCUUUCUGGGAAACUGGGUGUCUCCUUCUGAGCAAAGACAAUAAAAUUCAUCCAAGGGGCCAAAGGCUCAGGGCUUCUCCUGCCCCAAACGGAUAGGCAUCACGUGGCUCCAGGGUUAGCAGUCCAGGAAAAUCCCAGCCCUGCACACUGUCUCCCGCACCCGUCUCCUCACUCACCCUGACAAACUCAGCCUCCCCUACCCACCCUGAACUUUCACCACCCCAUACUCCCUGGCACCCUGCUCUCACCCUCAGCUUCUGCCACCUCUCCCUGGGCAAUCUUGCAAGCCUUUCCCUAAUCCCAGAGCUGCAGUCUUAUUCUGUCACUCACCCCCAAUUUACCAUGUCCCUGGGGCCACUGAAAUUCCAGGCAGUGGGUGAAGAAGAGGAGGAGUAUGAAGAGGGAGAGAGCCUCAACUCUUUGAAGGCACUGACGGCCAAGCUGCAGCUGCAGACGCGGCGGCCCUCAUAUCUGGAGUGGACGGCCCAGGUCCAGAGCCAGGCCUGGCACAGGGCCCGAGCUGGACCUGGGCCGGGGGAACCUGGGGCCAUCUGCGGCUUCGACUCAAUGGACUCUGCUCUUGAGUGGCUCCGACGGGAGCUGAGGGAGAUGCAAGCUCAGGACCGGCAGCUGGCGAAGCAGCUGCUUCGCUUGCGGGCCCAGCUGCACCGGCUGAAGGUGGACCAAGCCUGUCACCUGCAUCAAGAGCUGCUGGACGAGGCCGAGCUGGAGCUGGAGCUGGAGCCGGGGGCCGGCCUGGCCCUGGCCCCGCCGCUGCGCCACCUCGGCCUCACACGUAUGAACAUAAGCACUCGGCGCUUCACACUCUGCUGAGAACCUGCGUGCCUACUGAGUCACCGACUACCCUUUCCCCAGCCCUGCUGGACAGGGGAAGCGGAAGGGUGCCCCAAAGGCGCCAGCACCUGGCACGGAUGGGGGUUGGUGGGUACACUCAGCACUGGGAGCAUAAAGCACCAGCCAGCAUCCUCUUCCUGCUGCUGCCCCAGCUGUGUGUGGGGGUGGGGAAGAGGAGCUUACAGACCCUCAGGCUCCUCAAAUAAAUGCCCUCUCU